UGGAGGCAACAAGUUGGGCCCGAUCUGUAUCCAGUCCUUCGUCUGCUUUUGCCUCAUAAAGACAGGGAAAGAGCCACAUAUGGCUACAAGGAGGUGACUUUGGCGAAAGCAUUCAUCCAGGCAUUCGGAAUGAGCGAGAAAUCUAAGGAUGCUCAGUCACUGAUUAAUUGGAAGAAACCGGACCCCGACCCGCAUGCAUACGCGACAGGAGAUUUUCCGAGCGUUCUGUAUCAAACUAUCGCCACACGAUCUUCAGUCGUUACUGGAACAAUGACGAUAGGGGAUCUUAAUGACCUGCUGGAUGAGCUUAGCCAGGGGUUCCGUCCAAGUGGUAAAGAUGCCGAACGAAGGUCAGCUGCUCUCCGCGUUGUUGGGAAUAAGUGUACUGCGAACGAGAUUCGCUGGAUAGUCCGAAUCAUACUCAAAGAUUUAGGCAUCGGCGUGAAAGAGACCACCGUGUUCUCUGUGUUCCACCCCGAUGCAAUCGAUCUUUUCAGCACUUGCUCUGACCUGAAGAAAGUUUCCUGGGACCUCGCUGAUCCCAACUACCGCCUGCAUGAGGAGGAAAAGGCCGUUCGCCUUUUCAAGCCAUUUCAGCCGAUGCUUUGUGGCAGGACGAAGACUCUUCGGGACGCAGUAAAGCUAGGCUUCUUCAUGGAAGAGAAAUUGGAUGGAGAAAGGUUGCAGCUCCACAAGCGUAGAAAUGAAUUCUUUUACUGUUCAAGAAAAGGGAAAGAUUACACAUAUCUAUAUGGCGGAAACAGAAGUGAAGGAUCAUUGACACCAUUUAUUGUUGAUGCGUUUCAUUCCAAAGUAAAGGAUGUCAUCCUCGAUGGGGAGAUGUUGGUAUGGGAUCCAAGCAUCGAGAAGUACCUUCCGUUUGGCAAGCUUAAGACGUCGGCACUUGAUAAAUCAAAUGAUCCCGACAAGCCUCGACCAUGUUUCAAGAUUUUUGACCUUCUUUACAUCAAUCUCGAGGGGGCUCGCGCACCUACUUUAUUAACCCGGAAGACGUUAAACGUCAGGUUGCAGACCCUUAAAAACCUUGGAUUAUUCAAGGAGGUACCCGGUCGUUUGGAAUUUGUGACGCAACGAGUUGGCAAAACCGCUGAAGAUGUGGAGAGCUUCUUGGAGGAUAUUGUAGAAGAAAGGGGUGAGGGACUCGUGCUCAAGCGAAGUCAAUCUGCAUACAGUCUAGGAGGUCGUGAAGGCAAAUGGUGGGCGAAGGUGAAGCCUGAAUACAUGGACAACAUGGGAGAAACCGUCGAUGUCCUGGUUGUGGGUGGGUGGAUACGUGGACGCGUUUCGACGCUCAUCUGCGCCGUUCGGGACGACUCCCUUCCCACGAUACAAGGAAGUGAUCCCCAUGACGAUGACGAGAAAUCCUCAACGGUAUACAAAACGUUUGUUCGCAUUGGAUCGGGUCUCUCAUUGGAAGAUUAUGAAUGGAUCAAUAUGAAACCCUGGAAGCCGUUUAAUAAGUACAAGCCUCCGUAUUGGCUACGUGUGUCGCCUGAGUCUGGGACUGAGGACAAAGGUGACGUGUUCCUGGAGCCCGAGGAGUCGUUCAUCAUUACUGUCAAGGCGGCAUCCAUCAGUCCAUCAGACCAGUAUGCCGCAGGAAUGACGAUGCGCUUUCCAAGAUGUCAAAAUAUUCGACAUAAUUUUAGCUUGGAGAAUUGCAUGUCGAUUUCAGGUAAGUUGCUAUUUCCGGUUCUCACUUCUCGCCCUUCACUCGCCAUCUCACGAUGGCCCUUCUCGAAGAGAAGAAAAGGUGUGAAGAAGAAGGUGGGAUUACCUUCGCAUAAAGGCCAGGAUUUAUCGGGUGUUGAAUCGAGGAGUGAGUUAUUUGAGGGGAGGAAAUUCCAUGUUAUUAUGGCUAGUGGGCCAAAGCAGAAGUACCCCAAGGCAGAAGUUGAACGAAUGAUUAAAGAGCAUGGGGGUAGCAUUCAUCAAUCCUACAGUAAAGUCGAGGGUGUUACCAUCAUUUACGGUGGUACCGUUAAGAGCAAGUACCCAUUUUCAUCUAUCAUUAAAAACGACAUACAUGAUAUUAUUAAGCCGGAGUGGAUCGUGGAUUGUAUUGAGGGGAACAGCAUCGUUGCGCUAGGGAGACAGUAUUAUUUUCAUGUUACUGAGGAGACUCAGGUGAGCGCGGAGUAUCGUGGUGGCGAAGUUGAAGGCGAGGUGCAUGAAGAUGUGGACGAUGUGCCGUCAACUUCCAGGCGACCCAUGGUUCCAGCUGGGGAAUUAAACGAAGGGGCAAGUGAGCGGGGAAGUUCGGAAACGGAGGAUGAGGGUGAGGAUAAGGAUGGAGUGUUGGUCGGUCCUGGCAAUCUGGAUUCAGAUUCCUGGAUACAUGUCAUUUCAGCCCAAAUUGCUGAGAAUGCGAAAGAGAAGGGCAAUAAUGAUAAGGAGAAGGGGAAGAAGCUGAAGGGGACUGACGAGUUAGGAUCGAGUAUGGAAAAGUUUAGAGAGAGGGAGAGUGACACGGAGUCAGAAGGGGGACUCACGGAGGGGGAGGAGAUUGACUUGGAUGAGGUGAGGAGUGUGGGGAGUGAGGAUGGGGAUGAUUUCGACAUUACGAUGGGUGAAUCCGAUGAUGCCAUGGAGUAUGAUACUGAGAAGAUAUUUAAACAUUUACAUUUCUAUAUCGAUACGCAAGAGAAUGCUCGCUCUAACGGGCUCAGCGUCGAGGAUUCUGGCGGAUCAGACGAUCAGGAGCUCAUCAAUUCAGAAUUAGAGGAAGUGGAGAGGAAUAUCGAGGAAAAUGGAGGUCAAGUGACGAGCGAACUCAGUCAUCCCAAGUUGACACAUAUCAUUUUGCACAAGUGAGAUCUGUGUCAGGGUCGCGUCCGGGGUCGAGGGGGUCCGGGCGUAGCGUCCGGUGCUGAGGACCUCAUGGGGGGUGGAUCGGGCGUGCGUACUGGCAGCCCCGAUGUGGGACGGCGAUCCCUGGCCACUUAGACUGAAGUGGGAAUGUUGAGUUAUUAUUAAAAGGGGAACUAUGCUACUUACCUGAAGUGGGAAUGUUGAGAAGAAGGUUACUUCUUCGGUUCCCACCCCAGGUGUAUUUAUAUACAUGUGGCUUAGGUCACAUGAGGUCCGCCACGUCACCCCACAUACAGCCACAGUCACCUGGGUGUCCCCGUGGGGGAUCCUGAGGGUGUAUGCUGCACACGCGUGCACUAGGUUGCACCCUAGAGCCGUCCGGGGUCAUCCGGGGCCAGGCAUGUCACGUGCGCAUCG